GGCGGCUCGACGACCUCCGGGCGCUCCUUCCGCGGGGCCGCCGCCACCUCCCGGAGUGCGGGGCCAUGCGGUGGCCGCACCCUGCGGCGGGGGCCCGCGGGGCUGCAGCAUGAGCGGUCCUUGCCUGGGGCUGCGCAGGGCCGGGGUUCUGCUGUCGCUGGGCGCCGCCGCGCUCCUGUUGCUGCUGCUGCCGCGGGGGCCGCGCCCCGCCGCGCCCCGCCCGCCGCGCCCCGCCGGGCCCAGCGCGGCCCCGCCGCACCGCGCGGGCCCCGCCGGCUCUGCUGGAGCGCCGGGCGGCGGGCCCGGGGCCGGCGGGCUCGCGGGGAGCUCGCAGCUUGCGCGGAGGGGCCGUCUCGGGAAUGCCGGCAGCGCGGCCAGGGAGAACCUGGAGCUGAAGGACAUCUUCAUUGCCGUGAAGACCACGAGGAAAUACCAUAGGAGCCGGCUGGACUUGCUCCUCCAAACCUGGAUCUCCCAGGCGAGAGGACAGACAUUUAUAUUCACAGACUGGGAGGAUCGGGAGCUACGCCUGAAGGCAGGGGAUCAUAUGAUCAACACCAACUGUUCUGCUGUCCAUACCCGGCAAGCUCUCUGCUGCAAGAUGUCUGUGGAAUAUGAUAAAUUCCUGGAAUCUGGGCAAAAAUGGUUUUGCCAUGUGGAUGAUGACAACUAUGUGAACCCUCGGACUCUUCUGCAUCUCCUGUCUGCUUUCUCACACAGCCAGGAUGUGUAUGUGGGGCGACCGAGCCUGGACCAUCCCAUCGAAGCAGCUGACCAUGUCCAAAGUGAUGGAUCAAAGACAACGGUGAAAUUCUGGUUUGCCACAGGUGGAGCUGGGUUCUGUAUCAGCCGAGGUCUUGCCCUGAAGAUGAGUCCCUGGGCCAGCCUGGGCAAUUUCAUUAGUACUGCAGAAAGAGUACGUCUUCCUGACGACUGCACCAUUGGCUACAUCAUCGAAGGGCUGCUGGAGGUAAAGCUGCUGCACAGCCCAUUGUUCCACUCCCACCUGGAAAAUCUGCAGAGACUGCAAGGGGAGUCUGUUCUGCAGCAGGUAACCCUGAGUUAUGGUGACCCUGAGAACAAACACAAUGUUGUUAGCGUGGGAGGAGUGUUUGGCCUUCAGCAAGAUCCAACCAGAUUUAAAUCUGUCCAUUGUCUGCUUUACCCUGACACUAUUUGGUGCCCUGCUAAGAAGAUGUCAUAAUUCUUGACGAGCCACUGACACCUGUGUCUUAGCUAGUUUGCAUAAGGCAGGAGUUGCAGAGUUUUUGGUGGUUUUAUUCUUCUUCUGGGAGACAACCAGUGGUAUCUACAAAGGAGGUAGACAGACUCUGCUUAGAAAAGCAAUAAGGUAUGGUUUGUUCAGCUGCAGCCUGGGACAUUCCAGGAAGAAUCUUUGUUCUUUUGUCUAGUGGCUCUUCAUAAGAUGACCACAGUCCUGUGUGUAUGAGUCACUUCAUACUUUCAUUUGAUGUCAUGUGAACCUGUGCUUGGGCACAUCUGAGGCAAAUGCAGUACUGGGAGCGAGAGUGUUUUUACUACCCUUAGGGGUUAUUAGAAGCCACUGUGUUGAAGCUGGAGUGCUAGAGCAGACUGUAGUCCCCAUGGUGACAAGAGAGGGGAAGUUUUCACUUGUCUUUCUUGGAAACAGAAUUAUUUAAGAGCUUCUGUGGCCUGACAGAUAAAAACUGCAGCUGGCUAGAAUACAGAAAUCCUGGAAUCACUAGGGUAAACAAGGCUGAAAGCCUUUGUCAUGAGAAAACCCUGUGUGAGGGUAAGCUUACUCAAGACUAGAUGAGUUGCUUACAAUGUACAUUCUCCCCUGUCAUCCAUGUGUACCUCCUGUGGAGGUAAUCGUCAGACCUGGCUCGCAUGCCAACUGAAUUGCAAUGGUUGAUGAUUAUAAUCUAUUCCCUUGAUAUUUGAUAUUGAAAAAAUAUUUGCCUGACAAGAUGGUAAUUGUUCCUCCUGCUUGGCUGGUAGUUGGUCACAUGAGCUGGGGAAGCUUGAGCUGGCAAAACAUGCUGUGUUUCUGAAGCGUGAGAGGGUAGAAAUGCUAGAUAGCAGCAAUGCACCAAGGAGAGUUUUGAUGGUAUCAUUUGAGGACCUUUAAUGGUAUGGCCAUGGUUACUCCAGCUU